AUGGCUCAGUCAGACCUCGAACCGUUCCCUCCUCUGAGCCCCCAGCCGGUCCCGCAGAAGGGCAAGAAAUCAUCCGGCAAUGUUCGACGGCGGAAGAGCAGUGGUCUUGGUGGUGAACUGCCUGGCGACAGCGACGUAGCUGCUUUCGCAACGCUGUCCACACGACCACAGACACCUAGCACACCAACUGAAAGCUCGUACUCGAGCAAGUCCGGGCGCCGCUCGAAACGACGAACUGUAAAACGCUCCCUCGUCAGAUUCAAGCGUCUAUGUUUCAAGCACACCUGGAUCCUCCCUCUACUCCUUACAUCGAUAAUCGUCUCCCUCUACCUCGUCUACCCGUAUCCCUCGAAUCCGAUCUCCGCAUGUCUCUUCCUGUCCUACCCUCUUCCCCAAGAGGCUGGCUCUGACGCCCCUAUCCAAUAUGGCAAAGGCGCACGCGACUUCGCCUUUGUGGGCUUCUAUACAAUCGUCCUAUCUUUCACCCGCGAGUUCAUCAUGCAGCGCAUCAUCCGGCCCAUUGCCCUGAGCUACGGUAUCAAAUCUCGCGCGAAACAGGCACGUUUCCUCGAACAAUUCUAUACCGCAGUGUACUUCAGUCUCUUUGGGCCUUUCGGUAUGUGGGUCAUGUCUAGGACACCGGUCUGGUAUUUCAAUACUACGGGCAUGUACGAGGGAUUCCCGCACUACACGCACGAGGCUGUGUUCAAGGCCUACUACCUGCUCCAGGCCAGUUACUGGGCACAGCAAAUGAUUGUGCUUCUACUCAUGCUGGAAGCACCAAGGAAGGACUUCAAGGAAUUGGUUGCACACCACUUCAUCACCUUGGCCUUGAUCUGGUGCAGCUACCGAUUCCAUUUCACCUACAUUGGUAUCGCGGUCUACAUCACCAUGGACAUUUCCGAUUUCUUCCUUGCCACAUCUAAGGUACUGAACUAUAUCGAUCAUCCAUGGGUUGGACCCUACUUUGCCUUCUUCAUGUGCACCUGGGCCUACCUCCGCCACUGGAUCAACCUCAAGAUCCUCUGGUCCAUCCUCACCGAGUUCAGGACCGUCGGACCCUACGAGCUCAACUGGGAGACGCAACAAUACAAGUGCUGGAUCUCUCAAAUCAUCACAUUCGUACUUCUCGCUGCAAUCCAGGCUCUCAAUCUCAUCUGGUGGUUCUACAUCUGCAGAAUCGCAUACCGCUUCGCAGUGACCAACGUCGCAGAGGACGAGAGGAGCGAGUACGAAGAGAGCGAAGAAGAAAACGAGGACGGAGAGACAACAAAGCAAGACAAGAAGAAGGCUAACGGCAAGGUCAACGGAUCCGUCCCCGAGACACCAAAGGUCACACUCAACGGAAAGACGAUCCACACCCCCGAGAAGCCCAUAGAAACCGAGGAACCGGGCUCAAUAGCAUCCCGGUUACGAGAGCGCAAGAGCAAGAAAUAA